UCCCAACAGACUGCUCUCGCGUCCUCGAUGCCGUAAAUCUCCUGCAUCUCCUCGUUCAUCUCGCCCUUUUUCAAGCAGGUAGCCUCCAGAAAGCGUACCCUGCUGUCUCACAGGGUCUUAUCGAUCGGCACCACAGCUCCCCGCACUCCCGCUUCCGCGUCCGCGCCGAGCGAGCACGUCACACCUACUCGUCUCAGAGCUCCAACGCCCGGAAACGGCGGCACCUGGCGCCAUAUAGAUCCCGUCAUCUUUUCCUCAACAUAUCGCGCUGUCAGACUGCAAGUCAGUCGCGCUCGAUGUUAUAAAGGCGCCUCCGUCCGUAGGUAGCCUUGCCAGCCAGAGCUGUUCUGUCGAUCAUCAUACCUCCCGUCCGGGGCCAUCCGCUCCCCGCAUGCCAUCCCCAUAACGACACCUCCACAACCCACCAGCAGAAAGCUCUCAACCACGACGAUGCUGUCCCCAUCCUCGCCGUUCCCACACUUCCUCAUCCCCAGCAUCCCCUUCCGCCGUCGACGCAGCAGCGCCGCCACAACCUCCACCAUCGCCAGCGACGGCUCGGGCAGCAGUCCCAGCAGCCCGAGUAACAACCCCACAUACCUCUCAGGCUCAACCUCGCACCUACAAUGCACGCGCUGCCUAGCCGACCUCUGCUUGGCCUCCCAAAUCAUCAGCAAGGGCUUCACGGGGCGUCACGGGCGAGCCUACCUCGUCGCGCCCGCCCCCAGCAGCAGCGCCACAGCCCGCACGGCCGACCUGCCCAACACGCACACGCACAAGGCUGUCCCGCGCCAGCUGGUCACAGGCGCGCACACUGUCAGCGACAUCAGCUGCGCGCUGUGCGGCGCUGUGCUCGGCUGGAAAUACGUCGCAGCUGAAGAGGAGAGCCAGAAGUACAAGGUCGGCAAGUACAUCCUUGAGACGAAGCGCGUGUCGCGCGGCGUGUGCUGGGAGAAUGAGGAAGAGAAUGAGGGCGAGGGUGCCUUGCACGGGGCUGAGCGCGCGCUGUGCGCUGGCGGGAACGCGGGUUCCCGUGCGGAUGAUGACCAUAUUGAGUUUGAUAGCCAGGACGAGGAUGAGUGCGAAGACUUGUUCGCUGGUGUGUGGAGCCCGGCAUUGGCGAGGAAGAGGAGGAAGGGCCGCGCAUGGAGAGAGAACAGAGGUGCGACCGAGGAGAUAUGAGUGAGUGUGCACUCAUGAGUGCGGUUUGGGGAUGCCCAACAAGGUCCAGCGCAGAACGCUGGACGAUUUGAGACAACUGCGGAACCACUGGACGUCGAUCGCCCACCCAAGACUGGAAGAUUUACGACUUCUUUGAUUUUUUGGCUUUGGCAGGGCCAUAGUUGGCGUUCUGGCGUUAAUUCAAUGUAGGGAGUGCUGCUGGCAAGUCAACAAUGGCGGAGAACACUAACGACGAUUGAAAAUACGACAAUGAUACCCCUAUCUCCAUCCCCCAGCCGGACUGCGUUUUCUCUUGCUCAUUAUUUUCUUAUAACCUUGCUUCGAGGCAUGUAUUUCUAAUUAAUGAUUAGUAGUAUGCAACAUUAAUUCGUUUCUCACCA